AUGCUCCCCGAACGCGACCCGACUCGUCUCGUUUCGUUGCACACUCGGGUCGCAGAAGCGCAGCGCUUAGCUCGGUCUUGGUUCCAGGAGGUGUCGGGAAGCCAGAGAUAUGGCCAGCAACGCGCUGUCUCGGGCGCAACCGCGGUACGUGUUCACUCGAAUGAACCAAUACCAGAACAAGUGCAGCGGCUGUUGACGCAGGGUAGCCUGCGGGAGAUCGACGUCGUCCUUGAAACGCUGCUUUCGGAGUGGGCGCGCGCGUCUGAGCAAACCUGCACUUCCAUAGCACGUGCUUUGCGCAGCUGUCUGCCUCAAGUGCGAAAUGGAGCCGAGUGUUUCGUAGCGCGCUUUGCUUGGCGACUAGUGGCGCUCGAUGAAACGAGUGCUCGCGUCUUGUUGCUCGCAGCCGCUCACAGCGACCGAGAGGAACUGGCUUGUGCUGUCGCUGCACUUGCAGAUCGCGCGUAUCUGGAACGCUCCGCGGUAGCGCUGCCAGCGAUGCCUGAAUAUGAACUUGUCAGGCAAACUACCAACAUCGCCGUAGCGUACUUGCAAGCGGUUAUGACCCCGAGUACGGCUUCGCGAGCGCGGAGAAUCUUCCUCCGCUAUGCACUGCCCAGCAACCUUGCACAGGCAGCGCUGUACCUCCUGCUUCAGUAUCGAGGAGAUCAAUUUCCAUCUGAAGAGUUCAGUCUGAUUUUGGAAAGAUUUCCUCAACCCGACGUUUCUAUGCUGUUGUGGUAUCUGGUUCGCAUGGAGGCCUUCCUGUCUGGGACAGCAUCAGUGCCUGAUCCCAGCGUUAUCGCCGGUGUGGGCCAGACUCGGUCGAUGCUAUCGAGGAGGGAUGCUUUUCGGGAGCAUCGGGACUCUGCGGCAGUGCUCCUUCUGCUGCACGACUGGCAUGCACUUGAGCGCUAUGGGUCCGUCUGGUUUUCUUCGAUGGGACCCAGCAAAGAGCAACUGAACGAUCUCUACGAUUGGAAGCGAGUCGAUGUGCGACUCUUCUGGACGGUCCGUAUACUGGGUUCUUCGACAAACAGCGAGCACUUGUCGCAUGUCGCGGAUCUAUCGGAUGCACUCGAAGCACUUCUAGAGCGAACCCAAAGUCUUUUUCCGCGAACGCGUGCCCUCUGCCAGACGAUUGGGCAUGUGCUUGCACUUGAGUCAAAUCUGGAGAAGCUCGCCGAAUGGCUGUGGAGCCAAGAAUCCGAACGCAUUCCACUGCCGUUGUUUGUCAGCUACUUGUUCGCUGUACACCAGCCACAGGUGCAGGGUGCGGUUAUUCUGAAGCUGGCGCACAGGAAUCGCCUGUCGCAUGGCAAAACGCAGUACCCCAUCGAGGUUCUUUAUGUUGUGAUAGCGGCGUUACUUGUAACGUUGCGUACCGGAGAACUCGUCACCGGUCUGAACAUUUGUCUCUUCAUUGACUGCAUGCAGAGCUUCGUGCAGAACAAUGAGGUAUUCCUGAAAACGUUUCUGCCCUGUAUUCAGCUGGUAUUCGGUGAAGCGCUGCGCGAAGCGCGUGAGCAGCACCGACUAGCCUGGGAGCGGCUAUGGGUCACGAUUCUCGGGCGACUCGCGCUUCGUCUGCCUCGAGCGCAGCGUCUUCUCGAACAGGGGCUAUCAAGGGCUCUCAACAGAGACCACCAAUAUGCAACCUCAGUAUUAUCGCUUUACAUGAAAAGCGUGAGAGAUCUCUGCUCGUCUGUGCCUGCUCGCGGCAUGCAGUUGCUCGCUUUGAUCCAGGCAGUGGUGCUCCGCAUGCGCGAGACAAACGCGGGACACGACGCUAUAGCCUAUGCACUUGAAGCGCUCGAUCAUCUGGUUCAGGCUCAACUGAUGGAUCCGGCGAAAACGCUUCGAUUUCUGCUUCAACAAAUGCCACUUUCCGCAUAUAAGAGCAAUAGAUGGCCAGCGUUGUUAGCGAAUGCCUGGUUCGGCUUGCUGACGAGCAUCCUCAGAGAGUAUCCGUGGCAGCCAACCCGGCGCGCCCAUCGACUCCUUCGGGUGCUUCUCUGGCUGUUGCACGAUUGCGAGUCGGACCCGAGAGCUGCCCUAGCGCUCACCCGCCUCGGUUAUCGAGUCUGGUAUGCAGCGCAGUGGUGGGAGCACCAGCAGGCACCGCGCCACACGGCAGGCGCCCUGCCCAGCAAUGACGCAGACCUGUCGGGCGAGGCGGAGCUACUGGAAUCCCUGCCUCACCUGAUGCCGAAUGAUCAGUGGACACCACGCUCCAUCGAGCGGCUCGCUCGUUACAUCCAGUUUGCCGUAGACCCGGCGCUGACGGAGCAGGUGCCGCUGCUCCCCGUCCUGGAAGCGUCUGACGCAUUCUACGGCCUUGCCCGCAUGUUGAUCCACGGGGCAUGGGCGCAUCGUUCUCGAGCCGCGUACCACGCCCGACGCCUGCGUCUGGGUCGCUCCCGUGACUCGCAGGCGUACCUGCAGCGGGAGCUGACCUCUCUGCGCGAGUACGCUGACAGUCUGCCGACGCUGAGUCCUAUCCGACUCGUCAUGAACCUGGUUCUGGAUAUGGAGCAAAACGCGCCCCUGGCGCUGGUCAGCGCCCAGCUCAUGGCUACUUGUGGCGCAACGCUUCGCUCGGGCCUCUCCUACGAAGCUCUCUACGCGAUGUGCGGUGCCUCUGGGAACACCAGCGAGUCAGGCGGUGCUGCACGCCUCGCCCGCCUGCUGUGCGUAUGGCUCCUGGCCCCGUCAUCGAACAGCUCCGAGACGCCCUCGGAAUCCUUCUGGAGACUGCUGGAUUUUGACCUCCGACCUUACCAAAUCGUCUUGCAACCAGACGAAGACGCGCUUCUUGAGCAAAUGCUCAGACGCUUCUGGAUGGCGCCUCUAUGGAGCUGCGUUUCCCAGGGCGUUGAAGGAGCAACUGGUGCCGCUACGGCCGCUGCACCUACGGAUCCUGCGGAUGACCUUCUCGAGGUCAUGAAACAAUCGUGGGCUUGCUUCGGGGCAACCGUUUGGCCCUGGCUUGUGCAGCGUUCAGCGCUUGCGUAUCGGAUGCGCUGGCAACCGUGGCUCGUUCAGCAACGACGCAUCGGAGCCUGGCUUGAACGUAUUUGCGGGCGACGCCUGAUCAUUCCAGAGGCAGCUCCGCUGUUUAUCGAGGCGCGCUUGCCCUUUUUCCGACCGGUUUCACUGGCGGAAUCGCUCCUACGAUUAGAGGGCGCGGGAGCAUCACUGGAACACGUGCUCCGCUCCGCAGGCAGACACGUCUGGAGCGCGCUUCUCGAUAUGGAUUCCAUGGCGACGACAACGACGACGUCAGAUGUCACUGCUGCGGUCGAUGAAAUGAAACAAAGCGACGAGCAGCGUCGUCAGCGCCUCGUAGCCUACUGGCGAGCCCUUUUAUGCAACGAAUAUGCGGCUUCAUGUACGGAGGUUGUCGCACCGGGAGCAUUGCGUGCUGAUCACGCGACAUCCUUGAAUCGUGCGGAAAGCGCGUUCCCCGACGAUGACCCGCUCAUGGAAACGAGCUCGCCUGUGUCAUCGUUCGAGGAGAGCAUCGCGUAUGCGGAUCCUCUGUGCCUUGUGAUUCUCGAACGAAUCCAACGGCAAUAUUCGUCACGGACGCAACGCCUCAUAGCGCUACACCAAGCACUUGAUGAGGGAUCACCGCACACACAUUCGAAGCGUUCGCUCCGCUGGUACACUCGCUGUAUCGGACUCGUGCAGGGUGCAUUCGGUGGGAUCAUGUUGGCGCUGUUGCCACUGAUCCCGCUGGAGCAGGCAACGUUGUGCUUGGAUCGGCUCCAUACGAUCACGUCGCUUGCCAGACAAGAGUCCAGCGAUCAGCGCAUAACCGGUGCCUUCGUAAGCAGCCAAGAUCGCCAGCGAGACCUGACGCUUCUGAACGAGCUCUGUGAGCGCAUACGCCUGGAGCUCUUGUGCUUUCCUGCAUAG